CUCGAUUCAGGGCACUGGCACCCUUGCCGCGGAGAGUAUAUAUAUGCUCACGUCACUCCUUGGCUGCCACUAGAACUUGAAGCUCUCCUGUAACGAUGCAGCUCAUAUCCGUGGCAUUGCUGGUGGUAGUGGGCGCUGCGGCCGCCCUGGCUGCCCCUGGCCGGCCCUUCUACGGCCACGGCUACGGCUACGGCUACAACCACGUCUAUCCCCAAUACGGCUCAAUCAACACCUACAAUCCUACCAUCAUCCACGUGUCCCGCCAACACGUUUCGCGCCCUGUCGGCAUUGGCGGCAUUGGCGGUUUGGGCGGCGGCAUCGGCAGCGGUUUGGGCGGCGGCAUCGGCAGCGGUUUCGGGGGCGGCGUCGGCAGCGGUUUCGGGGGCGGCAUCGGCAGCGGCUUCGGGGGCGGCAUCGGCAGCGGUUUCGGGGGCGGCUUCGGCAGCGGUUUGGGCGGCGGCAUCGGCAGUGGUUUCGGGGGCGGCUUCGGCAGCGGUUUGGGCGGCGGCAUCGGCGGCGGUUUCGGGGGCGGCAUCGGCGGCGGUUUUGGCGGCGGCCAUGGUGGCCACGGCUACGGAAGUGCAUACGGCAAGAGAUACGGAUACUAUUAAUUGUCUUUUGUAAGGUAUACCUGGAAGGGAAACACGAGGAACCUACUAUUUCUGAAGCUAUACAACACUUUUCUACAGUGUAUUUAUUUCCAACAGCCGUAUUCAUAUUUUCUUUCGCCACUAUCUUCGGCAACAAAAAGUCAGUUACCAUUUCCCUUGCAAGCGUUUACUAAUAAAAUAUAUUUUUAUUAA